AUGAAUAAUAAGUGUUGUAUUUGUUAUAGUGACAUUGUAGAUUGUACCAUCACUCCAUGUGGCCAUGCGUUUUGUUACCAGUGCAUUAAAGAAUGGUUGGUGAGAGUACCAAAUUGUCCAAUUUGUAAGAGUCGAGUUUUGUUAGAACAAGUUAUAAGAGUUAAUAAGAACAAAAACCAACCAACCAAAACUGAAAAACCAACAACAUCCCAAGAUAACCUUCCUCUCAUAAAGUUCUAUGGAAAACUUUUGUUUGCUCUUUUGUUUCCACUAGUGAUGUUUUUGGUUAUUACUCAAUUAAUGGAAUUAAAAUAG